UGUCUGAACUUUCGCAUUGUCUUUCACCAAUACAAAAGCAACUCGACACAUGUCUGUGUUUUUUCAUAUUUUCAGUGUUUCAGAUCAACUGUAGCAUCGAUUAAAGGCAGUAACUGUCAAAAGGGAUCGGUUCUGCGGUUAAAGGGGUUGUUAUGUAAGACACAUAGACGACGUUAUUACAUCCUCGUCAAUCAGGUAUGUUCUGUUCGGUAAGUACCGCCGACACGCUGUAGGUGGCGCCAAUGCGACUCAUGGGUGAAAUGAAGCAGAUCAACAGAAGAAGAACGUGUCUUCGUCGAUGACGAGGUAGCGACGAGGAGACAUGGCGGAAACAAGUCUGGGUGUUUCUGGUGCAGUGAAGACUAUCCUGCAAAGUGCAGCGGCGGGUUUUGCUUUCGGAGAAGUCGCUUUGCUCGCCGCUGAGCCCUCGCUGACCACGGAUGGCGUCCUCCUGACCGCCGCGACUCUGGCGGCCGGGCGGGUCGGCUCCACGGGCGCCGGGGUGGUGGCGGCGUGCCUCGCCUUCUCCUCCGCGCUCGUUUCCCUCGGCAGCGGUUUCCUCCUUGCCGCCGCGGUCACCAAGCUGUUGACCAAAGGCGGAGUCACACGGUCAGCGGAGGCCACGGCGGGAGCCUGCGUCGCGGCGGGGGCCGUCGCCACUGGCCUAGUAGCCGGGAUCCUCCCGCCGUGGGUCUACGUCGGCGCUCAGGCCGUUCUGGUCCUUCUGGUGGUCUCCAACUCCAACAUCAACGACAUGACCACCGCUCUGGCGAUCAUCUUCGUCACUCUCUACCUCUGCGUAGCUUAUGGGCGAACGGGCGUGUUCCUCGGACUGUUCCUCGCGGGGCUGAGCGUGUCGGUGCUCUGCGCCCUCCGAAAGGCUCUGGCCGAGAGGAUGUCACGGAGGGCGAAAUCGAAAACCGAGUGCAAACUUUUAGAGCGGAUAUUCUUCUACUCCGUCGUCGUGGGGGCGCUGGGCUUCUUCGUGGGCCUGGGGGCCGGCGAAGCGGGAGAGGCGUCCGAAGCGGAGAUGGCGCUGAUGCUGCAGUCGGUCCUGUGGGUGGCGUACGUGGCCGCGGGGCUGCUGGGGGCCGGCCUGGGGACGGUGGUCACGGUGGGGCUGCGGCCGGAGGCGGCUGGGACGGUGGCCGUCGGAGCCGCCGUGGUAUCCUCGGCCUCCCUGAGGGCCGUCGUGCACUUGAGCGCCUCGUUGGGGACCCGGAGCAGCGUGGGGGCGGCGCUGGGAGCGGCCGCGGCCGCCGGGGUUUCCCUCGGAGCCGCAAGCGUGGCGGCGAAGGCGGCGUUCGGGGCCAGAAACUCCACUUUAGCAGCCAUCGGCUCGGUCGCUCUCGGCGCGGUCGCGGCCAUGCGAGGCGGCGCGCUGGCGGCGUCCGCCCCGACGACGUCCGAGCUUGUCACCGUCACCCUGGUCGCGGCGGGCUCGUUUCUGCUGGGGGCCCCCAAGAGCCCUUUCCACACCCAGGUAAACCUGCAAGUGGGCCUCGUCGCGGGGCCGGAGCUCAUUCGAGGAGUCGGCAUGGAGACGCUCACGGCGGCGUCGGCGCCUUUCGGAGCCGGGGCACUCGGGGCCGCGGCGUUGGCUACCGCGGCCCUGGGGAGGGUGGGCACCGCGGGGAUUGCGGUGGCUGUAUUGUUGGCUAUGGGAAGCGUUCUCAGUGGCAUCAUAGGAAACUCUCCGCCAACAACAAACGCACGCAGAGACUGAGUUUACAUCUCUGUCUGGACCCAAAGGCCACGCUCUAAGGAGCUACGUGUGUGUGUGUGUGUGUGUGUGUGUGUGUGUGUGUGUGUGUGUGUGUGUGUGCGUGUGUGUGUUCACCUGAUGAUCAAAUCUGUGAUGGAAAGCUUAUGGAAGCUUGAUGAAUAAAAUCAUUGUUUAUUGUAAUUAAAGCGUGUGUAUUUUGUGGAUUAUUUCAUUAUGUUUGUUACACUGGAGGAUAAGAUGACGUGUCAGUUGGAGCUGUGAUGAUCCCUUCUCUUCACACCACCUUUGCUACAUUUC